CCCGCCUCAAGCGUAGCAGCCAUGGUGGAUGACUCGCUUGCAUUCCGACGUUUGUUGAAGGGUCCCUAUCUGGACUUCGCAUCGGUGGAGAAGGAUCUGAAAGAGUUUCAGAUUAAAACGGCGACUUCCUUUGUUCGUCGUAACGUGCAAUCUGCGAAGGCGUACGAAAGGGAGACUGGACAGGUGCUACCGGAUGGAUGCCCAUACCGAUAUAUUCUGUUUGUAUGUGUGCAUGGGAGGCGCAGUAAUGUCACUGGAAAGCGGUACCGAUGUUACGAUUGCCCUGCGCGUUUUUCUGUGACGUAUAAGGGCGAAUGUUACGAAAUUGGGAAUGCGUAUCUGUGGCAUUCGCACAGCUUCCAAGUUGGGAAGCCUUGGUUGUAUGCGUGUAAUCGGAGGCUAUCGGAAGAGCAGGAGAGGCUUGUGCUUAACUUAAUGAGAACCUUUCGUCGGACCCAGGAGAUGCGGGCCUUUGUGCGGCAGCAGUAUGACAUUCGUUUAACAAGGAGGGAUUUGUAUGUUAUGCGGCGGCGUCAUCGUAAGGCCUGUGUCACAGAGGUGGAGGAGGUGACUCAAAUGUUGCAAAGAAAUGGUGAAGUGAAAGUUCUGCAUGCGGGUAAUCAAAUUCGUUACCUAUUUUUCGUACCCUCGCGCAUGCUUGAAUUGGUGGGCCAGUACGGGGAGGUAAUUUUGGCGGACUCCACGUACCAGAUCAAUUACGGAGGCUACAUACUGUGGCAUUGCAUGUUUGUGGAUGUCAGCGGCCUCGGUAUGAGCUUCUUUUAUGCCCUGUUGCCUAAUGAGACGGAGGUAGCUUACGAGGAGGCAGUGAGAGGUAUGUUGGAAUUGGCCCCCUCGGUUGCCGGUGCUCGGACGUUGGUGAUGGACAAGUGCGCGGCGCAAGUGAACGCGUUCCGUAAUGCGUACCCCAAUGCGAACAUUGUUUUCUGUCGGGUACACAUUAUGCGUGACAUGCGGCGGCGUUGCUCACACCUUCCGCUGUGUAACCCUGAAGAUAAGAGAGCUCUUUUCAGCAUGCUGCGGUCAUUGUUGUAUACGUACGACUGCGCUCAUUAUCAUCGGAUUAUGGAAGCGAUAUCUCUGCGGAGCGCAGAAUGCUUCCAAUACCUGCGUCGUACAUGGAUUCCAUGGCGGCUUAGCUGGGCGGCUCAUCUGAUGGACCAUGUAGUUUUAUUUGGAUGCGACAGUACCAAUCGCAUUGAAAAUGAGAACAAGCAUCUGAAAGAAACUUUGAGUGAACGGUCAACGCUACUUCACCUGUUUCAGGUGAUAGUGCAGCGUGCAAGUAGCAUGAUUGAGGAGAGGGAAACACUGCUGGGCAGAGAUCAACUUGGUGAAUGCCACGUUCAGCACGGAGCCAGCGUUGGGGACGCUAUAUUGCGCAGGCUCUCGUCUUACGCCCGGCGGCAGUACGCGCGGCACAGUGUUCGUGUUCGUAUUCGCAGCGUCAACGAAGGCGUUGGUUGUUGGCUGGUGGAGGACGAGCGCAUUGGUAUGCAACGUGUUGUCAUCGGAAAUGGCUGCGCUUGUGGAUGCAGAUUUAAUCGGCAGUGGCGCAUUCCAUGUGCGCACAUAAUACACGUUGCGAGCCUGCACGCCUACCAGGAGGAGGAUGUGCUUCGUGGUUGCCGUUGGGUAUUGCCAUCGAUAAGCACAUGUGCGCCGAUGCUUUCGGAGGAUACGGAAGGGACGUUGACGGUGGCUCCGGUGAGAUGCCCCAGUGAUGUAGUUCUUGAUCGGGCGGCGAAAAUUCGCAUCACUCGGGAUAUGUUUGCGUCUCUGGAAACGCAGAUUCUGAGCAUGGGCACGGAGGAGUUCCAGCGCACCAUGGGUGUGUUCGCAUGCGUGCGGGAGCUGCUCACAAGCCACAAUGAUGUUCAGCUUUACGCGCGGUCAUCGCAGUUGCAGCAGCUGCAACUGUUAUCCUCGGAAAACCUACCUACUUUCCAGGGAAUGGAGCCGUCAUCCUCCGCUGCAGCUACCCACGUGACGGCGGGCAAUGGUACGCGUGACGGCAUGAAUUCACCGGAGAGGGAAGUCAGCGAAGGGGUCACAUUGGUGUCCCCGGUGGCUGGUGUUUCCCAGUCUCCUUGCGCCGAACGCAGGCGUCGCAGGCGGAAGUCGCCUUUGCUAACCCGUGCAGUUGAGGUGGUGGAAGGCAGCAUGACUUCACGGGAGUUGACAUUUAUGACGCUUAAAAGAAGGACAUCUGCCCGCCACCGCACAUACACAUGGGGUACAAAGAGAGGCACCGCUGAAAAGGAAGCGGACAGUGCGGUUUGCUAUUUGUGUGGGGAGGAAGAGGACGCGUGCGGGAGCUCUGAGAUCGUCGAGUGGAUAAGUUGUGAUGUUUGCUUGCGUUGGUUUCAUCAAACCUGCGCUUCAUACCAUGGGGAAGCGGCAUAUACAUGUGCGCGUUGUUGUGGGUAAGUUCCGUUUCACGUUGUUUACAUUACUUUUCUUUAGAGAUACACAGAAAUAGUAAUGGAAUACCGCAUGAAUGAACUCUGCAAAUAGAAACCGCUUGCAAUCGGUAAGUUCCCACGGCAAUGGCUUUCUUCCCCAACUGUAUAUGUCCUUCCUUAUUUGGUUAGCUGUGCAACGUUUGGCCUGGGUGUCAUUCAUCGUGCCUUGUGUGUUCCAAUUACAACGCCGCGCGCUGUGAUUGUAAGACACGGAUGGUUUGUUAUGUAGCUGUUUUAAGUGGUGUAUAAACGCACGUGCUUAAACUGCUGCAAGAAGUGCACUGGUCCGAAGCUGCUGCGGCUGAUUCCAUUCACCGGAAGCUGCUGCAAGAGCUGCCGGUGUAAGUGACGGGAUCGCUGACCAUGGUGCUUUUCAUUUCACUUGACAACUGUACAUUUACUUCCGAAUGGAAGGCAGCGGACAAUGGCCACCUGACGGUUGUGCUUUUGGUUUACCUCGAAAUCAUUUGAUAAGGUACCCCGAUUGAGGCUAUCACAAACGCUGCGGUGCUACGCUCUGGGACUGGUCUACUUUGUGCCUACUGGCCAUCAAUCAGCGUACGUGUUCCGUCCUUCGUUUUGGAGCAAACUUCCCGCCUUCGAGCUACGUACUCCGUGAGGCGGAACUCCCACUUGUCCCCAACCAAGUGCACCUAGGUGUCCUUCAUUCCUCCGCUUUGCAUUCUGUUGACAACUGGAAAAAUGUCGCUAGUAAGGGUUUCAGAAUGUAGCGGUUGGAACGCCGUUCUUUCGGGGUCGUAACUGCUGACAUGAUUGCGAGGAUGUUCUCGCAUAUCUUCCGUCCGCAUCUUCAAUACUGCGUGAAGGCUUCCUCGCCGCAAAUUGCUCCAGGGUUCAUGGCAUUAUUGGUCAUUGCGGUAGAACGUUCCUCAAAGGAACACUGUAGCUGCCUUAUAGGCAGACAGGGGCAGCCUUGUUUAUGGUAAAGGAAAAGGAACUGAACCGCUCAGCACCGUUAUUGCACGCAUAACCCUCAUUAUUUAGCCUUCAGAUUCAGAUGGACUGGAACGAUAGGAAAAUCCUUUAAGUGUUCCUUCUUGAGCAAAUCGUUGAGCCAGAAAAUGAUAAGGUGUUACUUCUUGAUAGAUCUAAACCGAAAACCG